AUGUCGGCAGACAACAGGGAUGCGUUCGAAGUAUGGUCAGAGGUGCUAGGCCCCGAGGCGGGAACAUCAGAAACGUAUGAAGCGCGCUUGAAAAAUCGUACACUGCCCUUGGGCAAUGUGGAUCGCGCUGCGCCCCCACCUGCGACACCGCUCCUUCAAGCCAAGCGUGAUCGAGCUCUACGUCGUCAUCUGCACCCUACAGCUGCAUCAGAUCCGCCGACAAAGAAGCGCAAAUCUUCAAAACGUGUAACUGCACGCAUCACAGAGCCCCUUGCGUGGACACAAGUCCAGGGCUUGCAUGCUUUGUGGACCGAGUACAUCCAGGAUGUAUUGCAACUACGAGAUAUGACGCAGGCAGCAGCCAGAGAACAGCUAGAGCAUGCUGGCUGGGUCCAGUCCUUGCAGCAGGCUGUGAUUAAAGCCGACUGGACGGGCGCUAUGAUUUCAGUGGUCCGAUCGAUUCAGCCUACCCAUGUACAUAAACGCGGCAUUCUCGUGCAAGAAACACACGAUAUGCUCGCCCUCUUGCUUCCACAUCCUAGCGGCACAUCACGACCUCAGUGGAUCCCCAAGUACCAAACUGUGUUCCAAGUCGAGCUGCCGUUGCCGGAUGGCGGCCGCCUCGGGAUUGACGUACAUGGUACGCAACUGCGAUACGCCUUGCCUGUCCGGGCCACACGCAAACAUAAAGCACGCAAAACAAUAGAAUUAAACUAA